UGUAACGAUGAAUCUUCUAUUUUUGCUCUUAUUAUUCACGUUUCUGUCGAGAAUUCGUGGAAACCAUAGAGAAAAAGUUCGUGAAGCUUUACAUCAUUUUGGAUGCGAUCAAACAGCUUUAAAAUUUCUCGAUUGUAAGGACAACGAUGAAGAAUGGAAUCUUUUUCAAAAAAUUUUUGACAAAAAAUACGGCGACGAGACAACAAAAACGCAGCGACGAAAAAUUUUCGCGGAAAAAGCUGAAAAAAUACGUCAAAAUCAUAAAGAGUUUGCGAAUGGAAAUGUAACUUACCUUUUAGGGUUCAACAAAUUCUCAGAUUUGACGGAUUCAGAAAUCAAACAGUUUAUGGGAGUUAAACGAAAAUCAUUAAAUUUCGCUUCGUGGCUUGGAAUGUUGUCAAAAACGAAGAAAAUUUCAAGUUUUGUUGCAAAUGUGGGAUCAUCUUCUUCAUGCAAUUUAAGAGAGGAUCAUGCAAUUCCUGUGAAAGAUCAAAAAUCGUGCGGAGCUUGUUGGGCAUUUUCUGCUAUUGGAGUGUUGGAAUACAUUUAUUACAAAAACAGCCAAACAUAUGUCGAUUUGAGUGAACAAAAAACUUCUGAUUGUGCUCGAACAUUACCUUCGGGAUGUAACGGAGGUUUACCCGAAGAAGCUUACAAAUAUUACAUGAGUUAUGGUCUUCCAAAAGAAUCAUCUGCGCCAUAUACCGCAACUAAUACUUAUGCUAAUGAUUAUUUGCGUCGAACGUAUUAUUGUUAUUUCGCAAAUAAUGCUCAAGUAACUACAAGUACUGCAAAUGCUCCUAAUAAUUGGCAUAUUUUGACUCCCAAUACUGAAGAAAAUAUCAAAGCUGCGUUGCACAAAUACGGAUGGUUAUCAGUUUGCGUAAACGCUAAUGAGUGGUCGACAUAUCAGGGAGGCAUUUUAACUGAAACUGCAUCGAAAAAAGCCGACGUCAAUCACGCUGUGAAUUUGGUUGGAUAUGGCGAAGAAACAGUUAAUGGCAAAACAACAAAAUUCUGGCUUAUUCGAAACUCAUGGGGCUCGAGUUGGGGCGAAAACGGAUAUAUUAGGAUAGAACGUGAUGUCGGAGCCUUCAGUAUUGUUCAAUAUGCGUCGGGAACAACUUAUGCUACAAGCAAAAACGACAAAGCAGAUUUCGAUUUUUGCAAGGGUAAACCGUAUACAAACUCGUAAGAGAGUAAAUAA